AUGCAGGCCUUCCGCCGUAACACCGUCUCUGCCAUUCGGAAUGCUGCUCCCAUGCAGCGACGAGGCUACGCUCAGGGUGCCUCGCCUUACGCUAGCACCGUCGGCAACCUUCGCAUCAAUGCGGACACCAAGGUGCUCUUCCAGGGUUUUACCGGAAAGCAGGGAACGUACGUGGUUUGCACCUGGCGCCAAGUCACUUCGUCCAAAACGCUGACGUUGCAUUUCUACUUCUCUCCAGUUUCCACGCCGAGCAAGCUAUCGCCUACGCCGGAACACUGGACUUACAAGUUUCUAGGCACCAAGGUUGUCGGUGGUACCAACCCCAAGAAGGCCGGCUCGACGCACCUUGACAGACCCGUUUUCGCGAACGUGCGCGAUGCCGUGAAGGAAACCGGUGCUACCGCUUCUGCCAUCUUCGUCCCCCCCCCUCUCGCCGCUAAGGGUAUCGAGGAGGCCAUCGAGGCCGAGGUUCCUCUGGCUGUCUGUAUCACCGAGGGUAUUCCCCAGCACGACAUGGUCCGUAUCACGGAUAUCCUUAAGACCCAGAACAAGACCCGUCUGGUCGGACCCAACUGCCCUGGUAUCAUUGCUCCCGGUCAAUGCAAGAUCGGUAUCAUGCCCGGAUUCAUCCACAAGCGUGGCCGUGUUGGUAUCGUCUCCCGUUCCGGUACUCUGACCUACGAGGCCGUGAACCAGACCACCCAGGCCGGCCUUGGUCAGUCUCUCGUCGUUGGUAUUGGUGGUGAUCCCUUCUCCGGCACCAACUUCAUCGACUGCCUCAAGAUCUUCCUCGAGGACCCCGAGACCGACGGUAUCAUCAUGAUCGGUGAGAUCGGUGGUAGCGCUGAGGAGGACGCCGCCGAGUUCUUCAAGGCCAACAACAUCCACAACAAGCCCGCCGUCAGCUUCAUCGCCGGUAUCAGUGCUCCCCCCGGCCGCCGUAUGGGUCACGCCGGUGCCAUUGUCAGCGGUGGUAAGGGUGGUGCCGACUCCAAGAUCUCCGCUCUCCAGGAUGCCGGAGUCGUUGUCGAGCGCAGCCCUGCCGGUCUGGGCAAGGCUCUGCUGGAAGAGUUCGUCAAGCGCGACCUGUUACCGGCUGCCACCCACCCGGCAACUGAACAACCUGCUGCGGAAAAUAAAGCAGAACAGACAGUAAAAGAUGCCUCCCGAUAUGGGUAUUUGCUCCCCGUUCUUUCUGUUUCUCGUUUCCGUCCUGUCCCUUGCCCAUUGUAUUGCCUUCUGCAUCUUGUUUUCUCGCGCCUUGCCCCUCGUCGUCUCGCGGCUGGCCAUGAGGUCACAUCGCCGUUGGACCAGCGAAUGCUAAUUUCGGCACCGCUAAGCCGCCCAGGAACGGCCGAUCUCAUGAGAUCGCGUUCGGAAACCGUGGUAUCCAGAAACAGUCGUCGCCCCAGGUCGCGAGGCUCGACGGCCAGUAUCCACUCCAACACCACCCAGCAGACUCAGGACCAGCAACUGCCUGAUGGCUUCUCUCAAUUCCUCCCCGCCCAACCCGCUGCCGGCCACAAUGUCUUUGGAGGCAACCCGGAAGACAUCAUUAUGCGUUUUGGGCAGCAAUUGUCGCAUCCAGUGAACGGCUCGCCCCUUGACCCGACUCUCCACGAGGCUCAUCAUCCUGUGUUGCCCCGAGCGGACGACUUUCCCAACCACGCCAUGCACGGUCAUCAUUUGUCUCAUCAUUCGCUGUCGUCGGGCCUGGCCACACAUGGCUUGCCCGGCAUGCCAAUUCCUCAGUACCAACCAAUGUAUGAUAGUGGUAUUGAAAACCACGUCCCCGACCAUAUGCUCGAGGAGAACGAUAAUUCCGAAGCCGGUAUUAAAAAGAAGAAGGGCUCUAGCUCCUCGCUAGCGAAUGACAACGAGUUGCGCAAGUUGCUGCGGCAAUACGAGGGUUAUUCAUUAAAGGAAAUGGCGGCUGAAGUUCUCAAGCAUGAAGGAGCUGGGGGCAAGGCCGAAAAAGUCAAGCAGGUCUUUGCGAUGAUCUGGUUGAAGGAAAACUGCCGCAAGAGUAGUGGAUCUGUACGGCGUGACCGGGUAUACUGCUGUUAUGCAGAGAAAUGUGGCACCGAGCGAGUCUCCGUCCUGAAUCCUGCGUCGUUUGGAAAGCUUGUGCGCAUCAUCUUCCCCAACGUGCAAACUCGGCGCCUGGGUGUUCGCGGGGAAUCGAAAUACCACUACGUGGAUUUGACCGUGAUCGAAGAGAAGCAACAAAAGCCGCCGCCAUUGAACCCCCAGAUUCCAGCCAACGCCGCCGGUACACCUCCUGUCACGGAGAGCAAAAUGGACACCGAUUUUCAAAGAAGGUAUGCAGGAGAUGUGGGAUAUGUCGGCGGAGUUGAAGCUCAUGUGGCCCCUAGUGUCAGUGCGUUACCGCAACCAUCUGCAGAUACUGCAAUGUUCCCAUCACCUACGACCUCUUUUACUCCUCGCUUUACCCCCCAAUUGUCGCUACCAGGCUGUGGCUGCCAGCCGGCGCCCCGGUCACCUCCGACAUUCCCGGUCACACUUGACAAUGUAGCAAGUCAUUCCGGAAAGACGAUUUACCAGAUGCUCCAGCUUCCGCAGACCGACAUCGCGGCGGUUGAUAACGAAACCCUCCAGCUCCCCGACAUCUCUGGUUAUCUCCCGCCCAACACCGAUUCGAAAGUCGCUGCCGCGUUGGCGGCUCUCUAUCGCUCCCAUUGCAUAUCUGUCAUAGACAGCUUUCGCUACUGCAAGGAGCGCAACCUCCUGAAAUAUUUCUCUGCCUUCCAUGGCACCUUAACGGUCCCCGUGCAGAAGCUUCUGACCCACCCUAAUCUUGCACCAUGGAUCAAAGAAUGUGACUGGCUUAUGUACCAGAAAAUGAUCGCCUUCGUGGCGCCGCUCACCACCCAGGUCGUCCCUAAAUUAGUCCUGGACGCCUUUAGCUCGAUAUCACAGCGCUUGACCGGCCACAUUGCGGAGACCUUCAAAACCCAGCCGGCGUACGUGUCCAUGGCCAGACUGGUGCCAGCUCAGAUCUUUUGCAACUUACUUCGACAUAUGCUGGACGUGAACCAGUCCGCUAAUGCGGCUGCAGCCUGGCUCUGUCACCCUGACAACCGCAAUCAGAUGUGGUUCGACUUCAAGACUUUGGUUGAUCCGAAGGAAAUGAACACGCGAGCCAAUAUUCCGAGUUGCGCCGAACGGACGACGGAGCAAAUCUUGAAACAUGAUAUUCUAGCCCUUCUUACUCCCGUUUCCGACCCGAACGCCUCCGCUGGCCUCCCUUUCUUCACCAAGCCGGACUUGGAGGAAGAUCUCCAAGCUCAUAGAUAUCCCGUCGACUCUUCUACCAAUGGCGAAGAAUACAAUUUCCCAGACAAGUGGAUCUCGUUCAUCUUGAACCUACCGGCGGUGUUCCCCAACCACAGGACUCAGUGUAUCAUAGAAAAGGUGGAUGCCUUGUGGGAUUGCAUCCUUCAUCGCCUGACGUUAGGGGGCGCCCAAAGUUUUAGCGCCUGGUGGAUGACCAAAGUCUUCUUUCACGAAAUGAUGUUGUGGCAGGCGGAGAAAGGGGGGUUUAUGCGCUACACGCCGAGCACACUACAGGAGGCGGUCUCAGCGACAUCGUCGCAACACUCUGGAGUGAACGGCUUUUUGACGAAACAAGCUCACAGCGCAGACGUUGCUCAGGACAGAACAUUCAUGACACCCAAUUUGCCUCAACAUGCUGUUGAUGCAAAGUCUCGGGCAGGCACCAGCCCCGUGUCGGGGGACGGAGUCGCUCAUGCACGAGCAUCGUCGCAACCGAACCCCAACCACACCGUGGACAACGACAAGCCCAGCAUCUCUGACAACAUCGCUGCCUUCCAUGCUCCCAACAACGAUGACAGUGCCAUCGAUCUUGACGAUGACUCAAUGUUGAUCACUGUCGGUAAAUAUGGUGACAUGAUGGCCUCCGAUCCCGCCGAUGCUGAGGGCGAUGUCGUUGUCAUAUAA